GUGAUGGAAGCGGGAACGCUGGUGCGCGCCGUGUUCGAGUUCCUCCCCAGCGUCUCCGAGGAGCUGCCCCUCUUCGCCGGCGAUGUCAUCGAGGUGCUGGGCGCGGUGGACGAGUUCUGGUUGCUGGGCGACAAAGACGGCGUCACCGGUCAGUUUCCCAGCACUUUUGUGGAAGAGGUGACCGUUCCCAGCUCCGAGCCCGAAGAUCCCCUCUACGUGUGCGUCAAUGAUUUCUGCUCCACGCGACCCGACGGCCUUUCGCUCGUGAGAGGCGACGUGCUGGUCGGCCAGGCGGGGGAGUCGGCGGCCUCGGGGGACUCCUGGCUUUGGGGCCGCAACGGCCGGGGGGCCCGCGGCGUCUUCCCCGCGUCCUGCGUGAAGGAGCUGACGGCGUCGCGCCGCUCCAGGCGGCCGUCGGAGCGCUCGGCCCGGGCCGGGACUUGGGAGCCGCCGGCGUACGCCCUGGGCCUGGCCCGGGCUCUCAUGAGUCUGCACGCGCAGCUCAACGAGGAGCUGGACUUCCGCCGGGGGGAUGUCAUCGUCAUCACCGGGCUGCCCGAGCCGGGCUGGUUUGAGGGGGAGCUGGACGGCCGCAGGGGCGUCUUUCCCGAGGGCUUCGUGGAGCUCCUGAGUCCUCUUCGCUCGCCCCGGGAGCCGGCGCGCCACCCCCGCUCUCUCGGCGAUGACGGUGACGAAGAGGCGGAGGAGCGGCGGCAAGAGUCGGCAGUGGACGAGGCGGAGGCGGAAGGCGCCGUGUACGGAGUGGCGCUCUACCAGUUCCGAGCCAUGGAGCCCGCCGAGUUGGACUUUGACGUGGGCGACCGCAUCCGCGUGGUGGACACCUUGGACGACGGCUGGCUGGAGGGCGAACUCGGAGGCCGGCGUGGCAUCUUUCCGCAUCGUUUCGUCCAAAUCGACGACUCCGGCCUAAAAAGGGCCAAGGGAACGGGUCGCUGCGAACCCGAGGAGGAGGAGGAGGAGAGCACUUUCCAAAAUGGCUGCCCCAACGGCGCCGACCUGAAUGGGACCUCUUACGAAGAUCACACCAUCUGGGAUCUGGACUACUUUGAGAGGAGCGAGCAGCGGAGCCAGACCCACGCGGCCCCCGAGGAAAGCGGGAGGGAGCGCCGUUCCGGCAGCGGGCCGCCGGCGAGGCCUCGACUCCCGCCGCCGCGCCCCAGCCAACCUGCGCGCAGCCACGUCGGCCCGCUAGCCGCCGGCGGGAAGGCCCCGCCGGCGGCCAAAUUAGCUCCUAGCCUCACUCUUCCCGGCGCGUAUUGCGCCGCGGCUAGCCGAGCGUGGACGAGCCUCGCGGAGAACCCCGGACGGAAGAAGCCGGGCCUCGGCGGGGGCCAAAGCCGACGGCGGCACUCCGGCUUGGACGCUUGGCCGACGUCGGCCGGCGACUUGGAGGCCAAACUCUCCCAGCAGCUGUUUGAAUUUGAGAAAAGCCUGACGGCGUCUCCCGUCUCCAGACACUUCUCCAUCGUGGGCUACGGCGACGAGAGCGACAUCGUCCGCGGCUCCCGGCCUUCCCGGGGGGGGCGCGGCUCCGCUUCCUCUUCCUCCUCGGAGAGACGCGGUGCCCUCCGCCCGCCGCCCCCCCGGCCCCGAGCCGCGCCCGCGAGCGGACCGACCCGCCCCGCUCUGCGGCCGCCCCCGCCCGCCCCGAGACCCGCCACCCAUCCCCCCCUCGACGACGAGGCCGCUGGAAGCAUCUCGGACCCGAUGGCCGCCGAUGUCGGCGACCCGGCGGCCGGCGGGGAACACGAGGUCCUGUUCCAGCAGGAAGCCGAGCCGGAUCAGGAGACGGAGGCGCUGCUGUCGCUGCGGCUCCGAGAGCUGGAGAACAACAUGGAGGCGUACGCGCGCACCGCCGAGGAGCUCCGGGCCAUGCUGGAGGAGGACCAGGAGGAGGAGGAGGCCCGCGCGCAGGUCCUGGAGAACCUGGAGUUCUGCAACUACGCGCUGGAGACGCUGGCCUUGGAGCAGUGGCAGUUGCAAGAAAUGACGUGGCUGUCGUCGGAGCCCUCCAAGCCCGCUUCGGCCGGCGACGCCGUGCUUGACACCGCACCCGACGCCGCCGCCGAGGACCCCGAGCUGAGGAUGCUGGAGAAGCGAUCCAAGGUGAUCGAGGAGAUGCUGCAGACGGAGAAGGACUACAUCAAGGACCUGCAAAUGUGCGUGCUGGAGAUCAUCGAGCCUCUGAAGAAGAAGCAGGUGAAGAACGUGGACUUUGACGGACUUUUUGGCAACAUCAACUCCGUGAUCGAUCUGUCCCAGCGGCUGUUUGAAACGCUGGAGGAAACGGACUCCAUCGGAAAGGUCUUCCUGGACUUUAAAACGGAGCUGGAGGGGGCCUACAACGUCUAUUGCCAGAACCACGACGACGCCAUCUCGCUGCUGGAAAGCUACGAGAAGGACGAAAACAUCCAGCGCCAUGUGUUGGACUGUCUGGAGAGGCUGAGGGCCAUAUAUCGAGAGUGGGGCAAAACCAACUACAUCAACCUGGGCUCUUUCCUCAUCAAGCCGGUGCAGCGGGUCAUGCGCUACCCGCUGCUGCUGGCGGAGCUGCUGGGGGCCACGCCCGAGAGCCACCACGACCGGCCCCGGCUCGCUCAGGCUCUGCAGGCCGUCAAGGAAAUCAACGUCAACAUCAACGAGUGCAAGCGUCGGAAGGACCUGGUGGUCAAGUACAGGAAGGGCGACGAGGACACCUUCAUCGACAAAAUCUCCAAACUCAGCAUGCAUUCCAUCAUCAAGAAGUCCAACCGUGUCAGCAGCCACCUCAAGCACCUGACGGGAAUUUCACCCCAGAUUAAAGACGAGGCGUUCGACGAGGCCGAAAGGAGCUUCCGGCUGCAGGAGAGACUCAUUAAAUCUUUCGUCCGGGACAUUUCCUUGUACCUGCAGCACAUCAGGGAAUCGGCCUCGGUGAAGGUGCUGGCGGCCAUCAGCUUCUGCGACAUCUACACGGAGCAAAGUCUCCCCGAGCCGGAGCGCUUCCAGAGAGCCCAUCGAUGCAUCGGCGACGAGCAGUUCACCCAGUUUAAGGAGCGCACGGAAGCUUUGGUGAUCAACCCGCUCACGCAGCUCCUCCUCAUGUUCGCCGGGCCCCACAAGCUGAUCCAGAAGCGUUUCGACAAGCUGCUGGACUACGACAGUUGCAAGGAGCGAGCCGAGCGCCUCAAGGACCGGCGGGUUCAGGACGAGCUGCGGGUGGCGCGCGGCAACUACGAGGCGCUCAACGCCCAACUUUUGGACGAGCUGCCAAAGUUCCACGGCGCCGCCGAGGAGCUCCUCGCCGGCUGCGUGCGGGCCUUCGCUCAGGCUCAGAAAGACUUCAUGAAGACCACCCUCGGGGAGCUGAAACCGCUCCUUCAAGCCUUUUCUCACAAGGUGGGCACCGAGGGCCACUUGGUGGCCCAGUUCCAAGAAGAGCACGGCCGCGUGCUUCGGCUUCUGCAGAGCUUCAGCUUCUGCCCUGAAAACCUGCCCGCCGUUGCCGCCGCCGCCGCCGGCGCGACCGUUAGCCCCAGCAAGAAAACCCUGGAGAAGCACAGCGCCAAAAAGCAACUCCAAGGACCUCCCAACUGCAUCUUGCAGACCGAGCGGCAUCGAGCCGGCCUGCUGGCGCGCUACGGUCCCGGGAAACUCUUCCAGGCCGAGAGGAACUUCAACGCGGCCCAGGAUCUGGAUGUGUCCGUCCUGGAGGGGGACCUGGUGGGCGUCAUCAAGCAGCAGGACCCCAUGGGGAGCAACAAUCGCUGGCUGAUCGACAACGGCGUCACGAAGGGCUUCGUCUACAGUUCCUUCCUGAAGCCCUACAACCCGCGCCGGAGCCAGUCGGACGUGUCCAUCGAGAGCCAGUCGUCCAACGAGUCGGGCUACGGCGGCUCCUCGCCCGUUUUCUCUCGCCAGAACAGCGACAGCACGCUAACGUUCAGCCGGGAAACGGCGAGCGUCAGCUUCUCCGCCACGCGGGUCCCGAGCCGCUCGCCCCCGGACUCGGCCCCGCCUCGCGGGCUUCGCCCCGACCCGGCCGGUCCGAGCGACUCGUCGCCGCGGAGCCCCUCCGACCGCGGGGCGUUGGCCGAGCGCCGCGCCGCCUUCGCUCAAAGGGACGCGGAGUCCUCCCGCCGCCGCGGGGACCCGUACGACGGCGGUCACGCCGGCCCGGGCGACCGGUCCGAGACGGACUCCUCUUCCUCGCGGCGGAGACGCGGCGACGAGGCUUCCGAUUCUUACCGGCGGAGGAACGGCGGGCCCGAGAAAUCGGCCUACUCUCUCGAAGACUUCGGCGAGCCCGAAUCGGACGGGCACCAGAUCUACUUUGCCCUGUACUCCUUCAGCGCUCGUUGCGCCAACGAACUGAGCAUUUCGGCCAACCAGCGUCUGCGCAUCCUGGAGUUCCAGGAUAUGAACGGCAACGCCGAGUGGUGGCUCGGCGAGGCCGGCGGCCGACGAGGCUACGUGCCGUCCAAUUACAUCCGCAAGUCCGAGUACACCUGACCCUUGCUCACGCGGCGCUGAGACUGUUUGCGCAGAGGCCACGCAACCGCAAACCGGCCGCUUAUUUUUGCAGUGAUGGACUUUUGCUCCUAGCGUCGUGCCCGGAUUUAAAGAACAAAAAAAAAAAGGUACUUUGCAUUGAUCCCUGUAAAGUCAUGAGGAUAAUACGUUGAGUAUUAAUAACACAUUGUGAAAGGUUAAAAAUUUGGGGGGGGGGGACCCGACCACUGUGUUCAUUGCACUUUCUCCAUUUGGCGUCAUAAGAAUGGUGUGGCCAACAAUCAAAGUGUGAGCUUGGACAGUAUGCUGUGGCGUGUGUGUGUGACUUUUUUAAUUUUAUUUUUUAAAAUCUGCACUCCUUAACUUCUCUCCAUGUCAGUGGCCUAUUUUGUAUUUUUUUUAAAGCUGGAGUGACACUGUGAAAUGAUGUUCAAUAAGGAGAGCAGAUUUGCUCCCUGUGUACAUACUGUCAUGUCAUGUUGUCGUCUCGGGAAUAUUUGCGUGCGAUCUCUCACCUUUUUGAAUAAACCAACCAUGUGAGAAUGA